ACCAACGAAGAAGAAAACCACUUCCGCGUUAGUCGUGGCCAAAAGCCCUGUGGAACUUGCGAAUGUAAUCUAUUUAUGUUUAAAAUGACUAAAUUGAAAGACAGGCGAUUGGAGAACACCAGUGUGGCCUCUGAGAUUGAUCGCUUGGAGGAGAGACGGGCUCGUUGCCAACACAACCUAGACAAGGCGGAGUUUCGAAGCAGGAAGGAGUUGUCUGAGGAGGAGAGGCAACAACUAGAAAAAGAAAUGGCAACAAUAAUAGAAAGGGUGAAAAAAUUGGACAAGGAGUUACAGAUGUUGCGCGGGGAGAACAGGAGGAAUACGAUGCUGUCGGUGGCCAUGCUGGCCGCUUGCGCUCUCUUCUACUAUGUCUUCAUCUACACUGACGACUCCUCCUGACACUAAAACCUGUUGAAAUCCAGUUCUAUAGUGCAAAUGGCCAACGCAGGACACGUUCAGGACUGGUGUCAUAGAUGGUUGCUACCUACUUUCUGCCUCUAGAUGGCGUUAUUGUCACUUGUGUGACCUUUUGAACGUGCGUGGCCCUUUUGUAACAUAAACAUCACCAAGUGAGCUUAUCAUCGAGUAAAAGCAGCUAUUCCAAAUGAAUGUACACUACAUGUGCAUUAAUGUCGUUUACUUCAUAUCAACGAUUGUUUAAAUGAAACUGAAUGAUGCAUAACAAACACGCCUCCUGUGUCUGUAUUGUUUUAUUAUAUACUAGAGCUAUAAAACGACAAGAAAAUAAAGAAUCUAGUUGACUUGA